AUGUAUGCAGUUUACAAGCAGGCUCACCCCCCCACGGGGCUGGAAUUUGCCCUCUUCUGCCAUUUUUUCUCCCCCGCCGAAAAAAAUUUGGUGGUGGCCGGAACCUCCCAGCUCUACGUCUAUCGCCUCAACCACGACUGUGAGACUGGAGCUAAAGGAGACAGGAAUGGGGAAGGCAAAGGCCACAAAGAGAAGCUGGAGCUGGUGGCCUCCUUCUCCUUCUUCGGCAACGUCAUGUCCAUGGCCAGCGUGCAGCUGGCUGGGGCCAAGCGCGACGCUUUGCUCCUCAGCUUCAAGGAUGCCAAGCUCUCAGUGGUGGAGUACGACCCUGCCACCCAUGACCUGAAGACCCUCUCGCUGCACUACUUCGAGGAGCCUGAGUUGAGGGAUGGCUUCGUGCAGAACGUGCACAUCCCGCGGGUGCGGGUGGACCCCGACGGGCGCUGCGCCGUGAUGCUGAUCUACGGCACCCGGCUGGUGGUGCUGCCCUUCCGCAGGGACAGCCUCAGCGAGGAGCACGACGGACUGGUGGGAGAGGGGCAGAAGUCCAGCUUCCUGCCCAGCUACAUCAUCGACGUGCGGGAGCUGGACGAGAAGCUGCUCAACAUCAUCGACAUGCAGUUCCUCUACGGCUACUACGAGCCCACCCUCCUCAUCCUCUUCGAGCCCAACCAAACCUGGCCAGGGCGGGUGGCGGUGCGGCAGGACACCUGCAGCAUCGUGGCCAUCUCCCUCAACAUCAUGCAGAAGGUCCACCCUGUCAUCUGGUCCCUCAGCAACCUGCCCUUCGACUGCACCCAGGCCCUGGCUGUCCCCAAGCCCAUUGGAGGGGUGGUGAUCUUCGCUGUCAACUCCUUGCUCUACCUCAACCAGAGUGUCCCACCCUAUGGGGUGGCCCUCAACAGCCUCACCAACGGCACCACCGUCUUCCCCCUGCGGAUCCAGGAUGGGGUGAAGAUGACUCUGGACUGUGCCCAGGCCACCUUCAUCUCCUAUGACAAGAUGGUCAUCUCCUUGAAGGGGGGUGAGAUCUACGUCCUGACGCUGAUCACGGACGGGAUGCGGAGCGUCCGCUCCUUCCACUUCGACAAGGCUGCCGCCAGCGUCCUCACCACCUGCAUGGUGACCCUGGAGCCUGGCUACCUGUUCCUGGGGUCCCGCCUGGGGAACUCGCUGCUGCUCAAGUACACAGAGAAGCUGCAGGAGCCCCCGGCCAGCGCGGGCAAGGAGCCCCCCGACAGGCAGGAGCCCCCCUUGAAGAAGAAGCGCUCAGAGUCCUCAGGGGGGACUUGGGCAGGCGGGAAGUCGGCGGCGCAGGACGAGGUGGACGAGAUCGAGGUGUACGGCAGCGAGGCGCAGUCGGGCACACAGCUGGCCACCUACUCCUUCGAGGUCUGUGACAGCAUCCUCAACAUCGGGCCCUGUGCUAACGCUGCCAUGGGGGAGCCAGCCUUCCUGUCUGAGGAGUUCCAGAACAGCCCAGAGCCGGACCUGGAGAUUGUGCUGUGCUCAGGCUAUGGCAAGAACGGGGCCCUCACCGUGCUGCAGAGGAGCAUCAGGCCCCAGGUGGUGACAACCUUCGAGCUGCCUGGCUGCUAUGACAUGUGGACUGUGAUUGCUGGGGGCAAGAAGGACAAGGCCACAGGAGGUGACAAAGGUGACAAGGACUCCCCGGUGCCCCCAGCCCCGCCCGGGGAGGAGGAGGAGGAGGAAGGGGGGGCGCAGCGCCACGGCUUCCUCAUCCUCAGCAGGGAGGACUCCACCAUGAUCCUGCAGACGGGGCAGGAGAUCAUGGAGCUGGACACCAGUGGCUUUGCCACCCAGGGUCCCACGGUCUUCGCGGGCAACAUCGGUGACAAUCGCUACAUUGUGCAGGUGUCCCCCCUGGGCAUCCGCCUGCUGGAGGGGGUGAACCAGCUGCACUUCAUCCCGGUGGACCUGGGCUCUCCCAUCGUGCACUGCGCGGUGGCCGACCCCUACGUGGUCAUCCUGAGCGCCGAGGGCCAGCUCACCAUGUUUGUGCUGAAGAGUGACACCUAUGGGGGCAGGACUCAUCGGCUCAGCCUGCAGAAACCCCCCCUGCAGCACCCCUCCAAGGUGAUUGCCCUGUGCCUGUACCGGGACCUGAGUGGCCUCUUCACCACGGAGAGCCGCGCCAGCACCCCCCGCGAGCAGCCCCCGCGCACCCCCACCCAGCAGGAGACCCUCAUCCAGGACAUUGGGGAGUCCGUGGAUGAUGAGGAGGAGAUGCUCUAUGGGGACUCUGCCCCCGCGCUGCGCAGCCCUGCCAAGGAGGAGCCCCCGCGGCGUGCCGGCGGCCAGGGGGGGCCGGGGGACCCCCACCAGUACAGACCAGAGCCCAGCCACUGGUGUGUGCUGGUGCGGGAGAACGGCGCCAUGGAGAUCCUGCAGCUGCCGAGCUGGCGCAGAGUGUUCCUGGUGAAGCACUUCGCGGGCGGGCAGCGAGUGCUGGUGGACAGCUUCGGGCACCCCGCGGGCGGCGCCGAGCAGCGCAAGGAGGAGCCUGGCCGGCAGGGGGCGCUGCCGCUCGUCCGGGAGCUGCUGCUCGUGGGGCUGGGCAACCGCCAGAGCCGACCCUACCUGCUGGUCCAUGUGGACCAGGAGCUGCUGAUCUAUGAGGCCUUCGCCCACGACUCCCAGCUGGGGCAGAGCAACCUGAAGGUUCGCUUCAAGAAGGUGCCUCACAACAUCAACUUCCGGGAGAAAAAACCCAAACCCUCCAAGAAGAAGCCGGAGGGGGGGGGCUCAGAAGAAUCAGGGGGACCCCGAGGACGAGUGGCUCGGUUCCGGCCCUUCCAGGACAUCUACGGCUACUCAGGGGUGUUCAUCUGUGGGCCCUCCCCCCACUGGCUGCUGGUGACAGGCCGGGGGGCCCUGCGCCUGCACCCCAUGAGCAUCGAUGGCCCUGUCGAGUCCUUCGCCCCCUUCCACAACGUCAACUGCCCCAAGGGCUUCCUCUACUUCAACAGGCAGGGGGAGCUGCGGAUCAGCGUCCUCCCUGCCUACCUGUCCUACGACGCCCCUUGGCCGGUGCGCAAGAUCCCCCUGCGCUGCACCACUCACUACGUCGCCUACCACGUGGAGUCCAAGGUGUACGCCGUGGCCACCAGCAGCACCAACCCCUGCACCCGCAUCCCGCGCAUGACCGGCGAGGAGAAGGAGUUCGAGAGCAUCGACCGGGAUGACCGCUACGUCGCCCCGCAGCAGGAGGCCUUCUCCAUCCAGCUCAUCUCCCCGGUCAGCUGGGAGACCAUCCCCAACACCAGGAUCGAUCUGGAGGAGUGGGAGCAUGUCACCUGCAUGAAGACCGUGUCCCUCAAGAGCGAGGAGACCGUCUCGGGCCUCAAGGGCUACGUGGCCGUGGGGACCUGCCUGAUGCAGGGCGAGGAGGUCACCUGCAGAGGCAGGAUCCUGAUCAUGGACAUCAUCGAGGUGGUGCCAGAGCCUGGGCAGCCUCUGACCAAGAACAAGUUCAAAGUGCUCUAUGAGAAGGAGCAGAAGGGGCCAGUGACAGCCCUGUGCCACUGCAACGGCUACCUGGUGUCUGCCAUCGGCCAGAAGAUCUUCUUGUGGAGCUUGAAGGACAACGAGCUGACGGGCAUGGCCUUCAUCGACACCCAGCUCUACAUCCACCAGAUGAUCAGCGUCAAGAACUUCAUCCUGGCUGCCGACGUCAUGAAGAGCAUCUCCCUGCUGCGCUACCAGGAGGAGAGCAAGACCUUGUCCCUCGUCAGCAGGGACGCCAAGCCCUUGGAGGUCUACAGCGUGGACUUCAUGGUGGACAGCACCCAGCUGGGCUUUCUGGUGUCAGACCGGGACAGGAACCUGCUGGUCUACAUGUACCUGCCUGAGGCCAAGGAGAGCCUGGGGGGGCUGCGGCUGCUGCGCAGAGCAGACUUCCACCUGGGCUCUGCGGUGCUGAGCUUCUGGAGGACUCCCUGCCGGGGGGGCGCCGAGGGGCCCCGCAGGGUCAGCGCCUGGGACACCAAACACAUCAGCUGGUUCGCUACCCUGGAUGGGGGCCUGGGGCUGCUGCUGCCGAUGCCGGAGAAAACCUACCGCAGGCUGCUGAUGCUGCAGAACGCCCUGGGCACCUCCCUGCCCCAGCUGGCAGGCCUCAACCCACGUGCCUUCAGGCUGCUGCACGCGGAGCGCCGGACGCUGCAGAACGCGGUGAGGAACGUGCUGGACGGGGAGCUGCUGAGCAGGUUCCUCUACCUCAGCACCAUGGAGCGGGGAGAGCUGGCCAAGAAGAUUGGCACCACCCCCGACAUCAUCCUGGAGGACCUGCUGGAGAUCGACCGAGUGACAGCUCACUUCUGA